AUGAAUGACAUACAACUCAUACCCAUCACGCUGCCCCAGUUGGCCACACUACGACCGGGUUCUACCAGCAGCGCAAAGUCAAUACCGGCGCGACAAGCUGAGGAAGAAGUAUUGGAUAUCAAUACGUCGGUCGAGCAGUCUCUUGCCCCUGUGGAUGGAGGGCUUGCUGCUUGGAGAUUGCUUUUUGCUGCCUUUGUCUUUGAGACAUUGCUUUGGGGUUUCCCUCUCUCCUUUGGUGUGUUUCAAGAAUACUAUUCCAAGACAACCGAGUUUGCAGGAAAUCGCUACAUUCCUGUUGUUGGUACUGUUGCUUCUGGGUUAGGUUAUCUGGGUGCUCCUCUUGCUAUGGCUUUCAUCCAACGCUUCUCUCGGUAUCGAAGGCAGAUGAUAUGGAUAGGCUGGCCCAUUUGUAUACUCGGCCUCGCCCUCGGCUCCUUUGCCUCUUCUCUAGAAGCAUUGAUCUUAUCUCAAGGUAUUGCAUAUGGAACAGGCUUCUUGAUAUUUUACUACCCCAUCUUAUCGAUGGUGGACGAAUACUGGAUAGCCAAACGAGGAAUGGCAUAUGGAAUCCUUUGCGCUGCUUCUGGAUUUUCUGGUGCUUUCAUGCCUUUUGUAUUGCAAAGUCUGUUGCACAUGUAUGGUUGGAGGAUUACCCUCCGCGCUGUCGCUGUUGCGUUGACCGUUGCUACCGGCCCUCUGAUUCCUGUGCUCGAAGGCCGAUUGCCAGAAUCCAGAGCCACAAUUAGGAGCAAGAUCAAUUGGAAGUUUCUGGAAAGUUCAACCUUCUGGAUUUACUCGACUGCGAAUCUCCUCCAAGGCUUUGGAUACCUUUUCCCUGCUUUGUAUCUACCUUCUUUCGCUUCUUCUCUGGGGCUUGGAGCAAACAGCGGCGCGAUACUUUUGGCCAUCAUGUCCAUCUCCCAAGUUGCUGGGCAGUUCACUUUUGGCUACCUGUCUGAUCGCAAGGUACCCGUCAAUAUUCUCGCUUUGCUUUCUACGACCAUGGCGGCUAUUGCUUGUCUUGCGAUUUGGAGGAAUGCUUCUUCUUUGCCUAUUCUCGUUGUCUUUGCUAUCUUUUAUGGUUUCUUCGGUGCUGGAUUCACGGCUACUUGGGCCAGGAUGACGAGUGCAAUUACUGAGGAUAUUGUGACUGCACCCAUGGUGUUUGGGUUGUUGAACUUUGGCAAGGGUGUUGGCAAUGUUCUUGCCGGUCCGAUCGGAGGUAUUCUUGUCUCUGACAGUGCUGGGAUACAAGAUGGCGGAAAUUAUCGAUUGGUCAUUCUGUUCACUGGGGUUUGUAUGGUUGCCAGUGCUUGUGUUAUUUGCUCCAGAUACUGCAAGAUUGAAUUCGAUCGCGUGCGGGGAGGUGCUUAG